UCAUGCUGCUGCCAGGUCCAGAGUGUGUCAUGGGUCCCUGUACGGCCUCCCAUUGCUGCUGUCUCCAUCGCCACACUCUGCCAUGUGCCACUUUCAGGUCUCCUCACACUGCUGGUGGGUUCCAUUUUGUCAUAGGGUGCUGGCAGAUUACGGGCCUCCCAUUGCUGCUGCCAGGCCCGUAAUCUGCCAUGGGCCCCCGUACCGCCUCCUCAUGCUGCUGCCAGGUCCAGAGUGUCUCAUGGGUCCCUGUACGGCCUCCCAUUGCUGCUGUCUCCAUCGCCACACUCUGCCAUGUGCCACUUUCAGGUCUCCUCACACUGCUGGUGGGUUCCAUUUUGUC